AUGUCUACGGAGAAGAAAAAGUCUGCUGAUGAUUCGGGCCGCACCAACUUCUUGCCUCAGGGCAAGAUUUUGAAGCCAGAAGAAAUCGAGUACGAAUUUGGCGGUCCCGUUGGUGUGACCGGCUUGAUGCUCGGAUUUCCAGCCCUGAUGUACUAUAUGUGGAUCUGCGCCGAAUUUUACGGCGGAAAGCUGGCGUUGCCUGCUUCCAACGAGAGCUGGAGCGACUUUUUACGGCACAUGUGGGAUUUAUGCCUCGAGCAUAGCGUUCCGUCCAAGAGCUCGUGGACCAUUUUCAUGACUUUCUGGGCGGCCCAGGUUGUGUUUUACUACACCUUGCCCGGUGUUUGGACCAAAGGCCAGCCGUUGACGCACAUGAAGAACAAACAAUUGCCUUAUUUCUGUAACGCCAUGUGGACUUUCUACACCUCGGUCACUAUCGCUUUGGUGUUGCACGUGUCAGGCCUUUUCAAGCUCUACACGAUUCUCGACAAAUUCGGCGAACUUAUGACGUGUGCCAUUUGUUCUGGCUUUGCCUUUUCAAUUGGUUUGUAUCUGUACACGCUGUAUGUGUCAGGCGAUUACCAUCGUAUGACUGGCAACCACAUCUACGACAUGUUUAUGGGCGCUCCGCUAAAUCCUAGAUGGGGCAUUUUGGAUCUCAAAAUGUUCUUCGAGGUCAGAUUGCCAUGGUUUACACUUUUCUUCCUCACUCUUGGCGGCGCGCUAAAGCAGUACGAGACUUACGGAUACGUAACGCCACAAAUGGGUGUUAUUCUCCUAGCCCACUGGCUCUACGCGAACGCAUGUGCCAAGGGCGAAGAACUAAUCGUUCCUACUUGGGACAUGGCUUACGAGAAAUUCGGGUUCAUGUUGAUUUUCUGGAAUAUCGCAGGCGUGCCUUACACUUAUUGCCAUUGCACUCUGUAUUUGUACUAUCACGACCGCAGCGAAUACAACUGGCCUUGGUACUACAACCUCUCGUUGUACGUUGUGCUACUGACAGCCUACUACUUCUUCGAUACCGCCAAUGCGCAAAAGAAUUCGUUUAGGAAACAAAUGGCUGGUGACAAGAGAGUGCGGAAGACCUUCCCAUUUUUGCCAAAGCAAGUGCUCAAUGAACCCAAAUAUCUAGUGACCAAGCGUGGAUCCUACCUGUUGAUUGAUGGCUGGUAUAAAUGGGCUAGAAAGAUUCACUACACCGCGGAUUGGACGCAGUCCUUGGUCUGGGCGCUUUCCUGCGGCUUCAAUUCUUUUUUACCAUGGUUUUUCCCCACUUUCUUCUUGAUAACGCUUAUUCAUCGUGCCCUUCGUGACCAAGCGAAGUGCAAGAAGAAGUAUGGCGAAGAUUGGGAUAGGUACUGCGAGGAGUGUCCUUACCUUUUUAUCCCAUAUAUCUUUUGA